GGAAAGCACCAUGACCAAUGACAAGGAUCAGUUCGAAUCGCUGGGGAACAUCAAAGCUGAGGCUUUCAAAGUUCCAAGCUGGGCAACUGGGCCUGGGUUCCCAAGCUCAGACGAGAAGUUGGGAGAGAGCUCGAAAUCUCGGCAUCGACCUGCCACACCUGAAGCGCCGGAAGAUGCCCAGCAUGGGAAUCCCAGCGACGUGAGCGAGGAUGAAGAGGAAGUCUGGGAGGAUGCCGAAGAGUCUGUGGCUAUGGAAGGCGUUACUACCCGUCUCUUCUCCAAUGGCGAGCUCGAGGCUCUGAUCUCGAAAGCCGUCGAUUUCAAGACGAAGGGGAACACCUGCUUUCAAGCUAAACCGCCGGAUCUCGAUAAUGCCAUAUCCUACUACAAACAGGCUCUAGAUUGUCUGCCCGCUGUUGACAAAUCCUCAGACCUGACAACGUCUCGAACACCUUUACCAACCUCCAGUGGAAGUGGGAUUCAGGAGAUCACAGACGAGGAGGCAGAAGCGAUCCAAGAGUCUGAAAAGACCACCCCCGAAGCCGAGCAACGGAAAGCCUUGGAAAUUGAGCUGAAGGACUGUACAAAAGCCUGCUGGGGAAACCUAGGUGCCUGCUACAUAGCCAAGAACGAUGACAAGGAGGCAGUCGCAGCAUGUACAGCAGCACUCGAGGUGGACUCUCUAUAUGUCAAAGCCCUCCAGCGACGCGCUGCAGCGAAUGAACGCAUAGCCUCUUGGAGCUCGCUUUCAUCAGCUCAGACGGAUUAUGAGAUGCUCAUCAAAAUCGUCGGCACGCAAAGCUCCCAGGCUUCUUUGUAUCGUCAAAAGGUCGCCGGUCUCGGGGACAGAAUCAAGGUUCAGCAGGAGAAGGAGAAGGACGAGAUGCUAUCCAAACUGAAGGAUUUAGGCAACAGCCUGUUGGGCAACUUUGGCCUGAGUACAGACAACUUCAAGUUUGAUCAGCAAGAAGGAGGCGGGUACAGCAUGAGAUUUGAACGUUAAAGAGGUUCUCCUCUGCUCACAAUCACAUCGAUGAGACA